GGUGAACCAGUCGUCUAAUGAACACUAGCCGACAUACCUCUCAUAAAUUGUUUAUGAUUUAGGCACGAGAACGGGGAUUUGGGUGGAUUUAUAAAAAAGAUGGUGUUCAAGUGCCAGGAGGACAGUUUCCUGAAGGAGUUCAAGACAAAAAUCGUUAGCAGCGAGUUUGCCACCUUCGAUUGGACAGAUCCCAGUGGAAAGGUCGAGAAACUCAAGGGCUUCAAUGUGACCUGCGAAGACACGAUACUGUUUCCCGAAGGCGGUGGUCAGCCCUGCGAUUACGGAACUUUAGGCGGAUUCCCCGUAAAGAAUGUCCAGAGAAAGGGCUCUACUGCUGUUCAUUUUGUGGAGUCCACAACGAGCUUCGAGCAGGAUGCCGAAGUCCUUCUGACACUAGACUACCAGAGAAGACUGGAUCACAUGCAACAGCACUCAGGACAGCACCUGAUCACCGCCCUGUUCGACAGGGAGUUCAAGUACGACACCACCUCGUGGUCCCUGGGAUCCUCUGUCUCCUACAUUCAAUUAAGUACGUCUCAUUUGAUAAGUCGCGAGUCACUGGACCUCAUUGAACGUCAGGCCAACGAUCUGAUUCGCGAGGGCCGUGAAGUUACGGUGCUUCUUGUGGAUCCCAAGGUGGCGCAGGAGUUCCAGGAUGCCAGGGCUCCCAGGGGAUUGCCCAAGGAUCACGUGGGUCUGGCCAGGGUGGUGCGAAUCGAGGGCAUUGAAAGCAACAUGUGCUGCGGCACCCACGUCACGAAUCUCUCUCAGCUGCAGUGCAUUAAGCUGCUUUACGCCGAGAAGGUGAAGUCGAAUGUUCUGGUGCACUUUGUCGUGGGCGAAAGGGUGCUCGUAAAGCUUGGCGAGGUCUUUCAGCGCGAACAGCAGCUAACACAGGCUUUAAAAGGUGGACCCGGUCAGCACUUGGAGCUCGUCCAGAAGCUACAGCAAAAUGUGAAGGGCAGCCGGAAAUACUUCCAGCAGCUGCUUAAACGCUACGCCACCGCCGAAGCCGAGCGCCUUUGCGAUCUGCCCAAAAAGGAUCGUCCGAAGUAUUUCUCUCUCCAUCGACGCGACGGCAUCGAGGUGGACUUCAUAAACACAUUCUUGCGGGUGGCUCCGGAGGAAAUCUUCUACUUUCUGACCGUUUCCGAGAGCGUGUUUGCUGGCAGCAGUGCCAAGGGACAUCUGGUGCUGCGAGGAGAUCCAGAAAUUGUCGGGAAGCUCGGUCCCCAGUUCGUGGAAAUUCUCGAGGGCAAGGGAAACGGCAAAGAGGGGAAUUUCCAGGGAAAAAUCAACAACUUGUCCAGACUGGAGAAAUGCCAAGAGCUGCUGGAGGCGGAGUUUAAACCAAAGAGGAUCAUAGAAGCCACUACUGCAAAUGGAGCUCAGCUGGAGGCAGAGGAAUGAAGUAUUUUUGGAGUGGUCGAAUAUACAAUAUUUGUAUGCGCUACUAAAAUUCGAAAAUAAUAUUGACUAUUUUUAUAGCAAAUAGUUAGCCAUAUCGCAA